AGCCUACUUAAAUUGCAAGAAAGGACAAGCGCUUGUGAGCAGUGUAUUAGCGUGUCACUUUCGACCUCGCGAUUAUCCUUGUUAAUUCUCCAACUGUGAAUGUUCAGACAUCAGAAUGGACAGACUAGGCUGUUUGAAAUUACAUCGUGUCAGCAACGUGUAGCCUAUGUCUAUCUCCCCAAGAUAGCAACCGAGAAAUUGUCAGGCAAGGAAAUUACCGCCAACAGCUGUCGGGGGAAUGGAGGAAUAGUGAGCCCUAUAAAUCCAGUUAGCAAAGCUGGUGGGUGGCAGUGACUUUUCACGAAGUGUAUAGGCUAAUGUGGGCCUACUUUGUAAAAUAAAUAAAUAACGACUGUACCAGUGGACGCUUCACCAAGUCGUAUCCAGAUGUGAAGAUGACCGGUCGCAGGGUCCAGAGACAGGGGCUUCUUCUGUGGUGCUUCCUAACAUCUAGUCUCUGACACCAAAGAAGAAAUACCACGAGUUCUUCUGCAGUUGACGAGCUGCCUCCUAGUUAUCUCACUCAUAAUGGAUCACCAGACUCUGGUGUCCCUGUCCGUCCUCCUGGGAGUGAUCAGCCCCUGUCUGAUGAGGAUGACACCACGGCUUACCUUUCCCCUGGGCUCUCCAGGGAGGGUCGUCACCGGCUUCUACACCCCAGACGUCAGCAACACCACCACACUGUUACUAAGCGAUGACGCCAACACACUGUUUGUGGGUGCGCGGGAUGCCGUGCUCUCAUUGGAUGUCAGCCAGCAGGAUGACAUUGUGAUGCGGGGACAGCUGGACUGGGCUCCCUCAGAUAAGGACCUGGGUGACUGCUCCAUGAAGGGGAAGGACAAGGCAAACUGUCCUAACUUCAUCCGGGUGCUCCAGUUCCUUAACUCCACCCACAUCUACGCCUGUGGGACCUACGCCUUCAGCCCUCGCUGCACCUACAUAAACACAGACAGCUUCUCCCUCGUGACAGGGCCCGGGGGCAAGCCGGAGGAGGGCAGAGGUCGUUGCCCCUACGACCCCUACCAGCGCAACACAGCCAUCACCGUGGAUGGAGAACUGUACACCGGGACGGUGGCUGAUUACAGGGGGAAUCGGCCCGUCAUCUCUCGCCACCUCAGUGAGGGCAGCCAUGUUGACCUGAAACUGGACGACACGUUAGGGUGGCUGGAGGAUCCUACUUUCAUCAGCUCCAGCUUCAUCCCCAGUGAAGACAAAAUCUACUUCUUCUUCAGUGAAGAAGGGAGGGAAUACGACUUCAUUGAAAAGUUCACUGUGUCUCGAAUUGCCCAAGUCUGCACAACGGACGUGGGAGGGCAGCGGACGCUGCAGCGGCGCUGGACCACCUUCGCCAAGGCCCAGCUGCUGUGUCAGGCCGGCGGCCAGCUGCCCUACAGCGUCCUGCAGGACAUGUUCACCCUCCCGCCACCAGAGGGGGGCGACGCAGACGACACGCUCUUCUACGGCAUCUUCAGCUCUCAGUGGUCUGCUACUUCUGGACGUUCCGCAGUGUGUGCGUUCCGCCUGGGCGACGUCAAGGCUGUUUUCGCCGGGAACUACAAGGUCCUGAACCGGGACACCCUACGAUGGAGUACACGGGUGCAGGAGAAGGUUGCUAACCCAGGAGAGUGCGGCCUCCACAACGCUUCAGACAACACUCUGCGCUUCAUCAAAGAGAACUUCCUAGCGGAGGACAGCGUGCGCUCGCUCGGUCAGAGUCUGACCCUGGAGUCAGACGAGCAGCUCUAUACACAGUUGGCCGUCCAGAGGGUCCCGGGAGUGAACGGGAGGGACUACACGGUCCUGUUCCUGCUCACAGAAUCUGGGUCCCUCCACAAGGCAGUGCUGCUGGAGAAGGGAGCUCACAUCAUCGAAGAGAUCCAGAUCCUCAAGAAACCUCAGCCUGUGAAGAACCUGCUUCUCUCUCUAUCCAAGGGCGUGGUGAUGAUGGGCUCCUCAGAGGGGGUGAUGAGGGUCCCGGUGGCUAACUGCUCGCUGGCCCAGAGCUGUGCUGAGUGUGUCCUGGCCCAGGAUCCCUUCUGUGCCUGGGACCCUGCCAGCGCAGUCUGCACCGACGCCUCCACACUUCCUGCCAACGCAGGCCAGGAUGUGGAGAUGGGCAACGUUCAUGAGGCUUGUAAAGCCAUGCCUUUGACUCGCAGGUCAAGAUUCGGACAGAAACUGCCCACAGGUGAGCUUGUGUCCGUGUCUCUGAACGAGGUGGUGCGUCUGCAGUGUCCGGAGGCAUCGCUCCUCGCCCGGCGCCACUGGGAGCGUCCCAACAGCAACCUGGACCCCCUCAUCUAUCUGCAGCUGCAGGACGGGAGCCUCACCUUCCUGGCCUCCCCCGUCACCCUCGGACACUACCUGUGCCUCUCCACGGAGAACGGCUUCCAGCAGACCCUGGCCGUGUACCAGGUCAGACAGAAGACUAGCACCACUCCUCAGCCUACCUCCUCCCCUCUUCCACCUCCCUCCUACAAACCAGCCCUGCCCACCCCCGCUGCAGCGACAGAACAGGCCCCCUCCUCGUCCACGCGGCCCCACCCAGCAAGGACCGAGGAGGGGCUGAGGAAGGGGACACCUACGAUGCUCCCUAGCGAGACCCACGUUUCCACCAGGCCCUCCAGCAGGAACCUCUCCCUCUGGCCGGCCGGAGGAGACCAGCUGCUGUUAGCACGGGGGCAGACCUACCUGAAGGAGCUGGUGGUGGUCUCCGUCCUGCUGGCGCUGUGCGUGAGCCUGCUGCUGACCCUGGGCCUGUACCGGAUGAAGCUACGCUGCCGCAGGCGGACGGCCCCCCAGGUGACCCCGGGGAGGGACUCCGAGAGGGGGCUGGCACACGAGCGAGAGGCCCUCAGGGGCGGGCAGUCGCCGCAUGGCCCCGACAAGCAGAACGGCAAGGCCAACGGAGCGCUGAGCAACGGGACACCGAAGGGUUCCAACGGACAUCUUCCCAACAUCCCCAUGUAGGGACGGGAGGUUUCCUCUCCAGGCUGGGAGACCGCUGUGGGAGGCCAGCCUCGCUGUGGGAGGCCAGCCUCGCUUUAACUGCAGCCUUUCUACUAGGGCUGAACUCUGGACCUUAAUGGAGUUUAGACCCUACAUCUGCAUCUACAUCUGCAUGGCUGUUUGCAGCAGACUUCUUCAGUCAGCAUAUUUUCAACAGCUUACUUUGCCGAACUAUAAUUAAUGUCUGGACUGUGAAACUGUGGUAUUAUAAUAUAUUCCGAUUUCUUCUGGUUUGGUACUAGACCGUGUGAAUAAUGUGACAGGAAGAUAUGAGAAUAAGUCGUAUUGUGUAUGUGCUGUAAAUUAUUUUGAGCGCCGCUGUUUAGAACCCAGACGAGAUGGAGAAGCUAGCUGCUUCUCGUGGUUCCUGACACAAACAUGGCUUCAAAACAGACUCAACCACUGAAGGGUGUUCAUCUGCCCACGCUCAAGGAAACAUCAUCAUGUAGCAUUGCACACCAGGACGUGACACUACUAGGUCUUAAAAUGUACUUGAGAUUACGUCACAAUGCUGGUAUAACUGGACAGAUCUUACUAUCGCUCUCGAACUGUGAUUUUGCCAAACCUGUGUUUCUUAAUACCACUUAAGGGUCGUUUACGUUCAUCUCCAACCACUUUUUUUUUUUUUUUUUACUUUU